CGAGGUUAGACGUAUUUUGUAUUUUAUACAUGCGCGCGUUUAACAAAACAUCUUUUUUUUAUUAUUAUUUUAAAUAUAAACCAUUUUCAUAUUAUACUAUCUCUAGCUGUUCAUAAGAAAAGUAGAUGUAACAUUGUAAGAUACACAUAAUCCGCGUAAGAGUAGACUUCUCGAUACAUAAAUAAAAAAGAAAGAAAUAUUGAAAGAACGAAAUACACCGAGUGAAACUAAUAAAAAUAAAACAAUUGAAAAGCAAGAGCAACAAAUUGAAAAUCACAAGAAUUUGGAUACGACCGAAAAAGACAACAGAAUAAAAAAAAAAUUAAAAAAACGUGCAACAACAACAUCAACUGAACCGUAAUAUAGAUAUUUUUACUUUUUGUUUGGUUUAGUUUUAUUUAAAAUACGAAACUACGAUUCCGAUUGACUCAUUGAAAGGACAUCAGUGAAUUGACUUUUAAAAUAGACCGCAUACAUGAAACCAAGCGACCGCUCAAAUAUAAUGACAGUGUUUAUUUUGCAAUCGUUUGAUUAACCACGAGAAAGAAGAAAGAAAAAAAGAAUCUUCGAACAGUGAACUGUAUAUUCGAAUCGGUCGUAUUCGAUUGUACAUAGUUGGUGAUUUGUGUUUCGGCACUUCAUCAAAAUUAAAUCACCACAAAUGAAUUGAAAUGUUAUCGUGAAAUUAUCUUUUGGAAAAAAUCAACGCAAAAAAUAAUAAUAAUAAUUGUUAAACGGCAAAAAGCGUCGGAAAAAAGUGUGGAAAAACGACGACUGGAAAAGAAGAAUAAAUAUUCGUGCCUGUGAAUGUUUUACGAUCAUCAAUUUAUACGAUAGGUCAUCGACUGCAUAACGCUAUUUGUAUCGGCAUCAUCUAAUUGUAGUAAAUGUUCGAUAGUGAAUAAAACACGAACACAAAAAGUAUAUAGUCACAAGCACCGGAUCGCAUCGACAAACAGCAGCACAGUGGUGUAAGAGUAUAGUGCACGUAUGUGUGUAUGUAUGGUGCAUGCGAAACACAUUAUCAAAAAUGCUGUCGAUGCUCUAUAUUCACAUUUUGUGUUUAGACAUCGAACCAACAAUAUCAGCGAAUAAUACAACAUCAACACAAAAAAAAAAUAAUCAACAGCGAACCUGAUCUGAUUUACGUCUCGCUGCAAAAAUAACAAUCGAAAGCUGAGUUUAUUUGGCAGAGAAAGAGUGAGAAAGGGAUAGAGGAAAGAAAAAUUGAGAAUAAAGUAGAAUAUGAACAGCAGCACAAUACACACAUUGCAGUUGCUACUAGUAUCGGGCUGUAUAAAAUGUCAGAAAUGACGCAGAGAAUGAUAGUAAACCGUUUGCUAUGCAUGUUAAAUUGAAUAGACAAAAACCGUCGAAGCACACACACACACCCAAACACACGCACAGCGCGUUUAUCCAUUUUGCACAUGAAAUUGAAUGGAGAAAGAAAACAUUGGACACUAAAAAGGAACGGACCAAUUACAUGCCAAUCCAGACGACUGUUUAUUGCAUGAAUGCUUUUUAACCAAUGUGUAACAGGAAGCUAAUGUCGAACGUGAACUUUUCUCAAGAUUACCCGAACUAAACUAGCAAAAUAAGACACACACACACAAAGAAGCAACCAUAAACAUUUUGCGUGACAAACACAGAUCAAAUGGACCAGUCCAAUAUUCACAAUCCACAUUCAAUUGAUAUUUCGCUCAAGAGAAUUGCUAGAAAGUGUAAGACGAAACAAAAGCAGUAGCAACAACAAAACUAGUUUUUAUUUGUAAUAAAUGAUACGGAAUACAUGUUUAAAGAGUCAGUUUAGAGCACAUCAUUGAACGUUUAUUUAUUUCCAUUUAAAUCCUAUAGUUGUAAUCGUUUUUGUUGUUUGCGUGCACAUAUGAAUCGAAAUAUACACCAACAUUGAGUCAAUGUGUGCAUGAAAUUCUUGUUAAGUUAAAAAAAAUCAAACAAACGAACAAUUAGAAGGACAUUAGCCCACAAAAAAAGAGACAAUUAGCACACCAUAUAUAUAUUUAUUACAACCAGUGUCGUGAGAAGAAAUCAAUGCAGUCAAUAUACUGCAAACAACUGUUGUACUCAAGACUGAUUACUGAUAAAAGAAAUUGAAAUAGAAAAAAAAUUAUUGUUGUAGAAUUGUGCACAUGUUGUGAGAUUUGAUGUGAUCGUAGUCUUUAUUGUGUAAUUAGUGCAAUUUAUAACACAGCGAGAUGGAUACAUAUUCAUGUACAGUGCAACUAAUGUGUAACAAUUAUACUGAAUGAACGGAGAGAGAGGAAAUUCAAGUGUGUUCGACGAUCUACAUUAUGGUUAUUUAACGGAUCAAUUUAUAGAGAUAAAAAAAGGAAAAGUGUCGCAUAAUAUAUUUAUGGUGUGACCAAAAAGAAAGAAGAAGUUGACCAAUAUUAAACAAAGCGAAUACAUAAAAUAAAACAAAAUAACAACAAGAUAUGUCAUCGACAUCGUAUGCCCACAUUUCGCAUUAAAUUGAUUAUGGAAUAGAACGAAUUGGAUAAAAUCGCACAAAUGGCGGAAAUCGAUAAGAUCGAAACGACUGACAAUGGGUCCACACCAAAUCAUGAAAAUUCGUGUCCGUCCUCGUCGAGCGAGACAUCGAUAGCACCAAGUACUUCCGACGCAAAAAUGGAAAAGAAGGUCACAAGUUGUUGCGACGAUAGCGAUACACUGCAGGCGACAGUCGCGACAGUUGGUAGAAGUCCGAAAAAUUCGGACAAUCUGAUGAUGGAUGAUGAACCGUCGCCUAUUGAAAUGGAAUCGUUGCAGUUACCAUCAUCGUCGACUGAAGAAACUAACGGAGCAACUGACAUCGCUAACGAAACAAUGGAAAAAGACGUCGAUGCGAACGAGGCAUUGACCGAUACACAGCCGCGUGUCGUUGAUAACAAAAAGGAUACUAAAGAAGAGUUUGUUGACUGUACGGCUGAUUCAUCGAGUGUUAUUAACAAAUGCAAAUUAUUGGCGGCAACUGACGACAAUAUACUCGCGACUAUGGAUAUUGCAAAUGUUGAAAAAACACCUGGUGGAUCAAUAACAGUAAAUGUGUCCGAUUUAAUAAUACCUGAAUCGAAAAUUGAAACUAAAACUGAAAUUGAAAUUGAACCUGAACCUGAACCAGUUGAGGUUGCGCUUCAUUCACUAGAGCAGGUGUCAGAAUCAAAGCUUGAUGGAAACAAAAACAAUUCCACUGACGAGGAGACUACACCGAUGAACAAUGAUGUAUGCAAUGCAAAUAGUUCAAGUUCAAAAAGUGAUACAAAUUGUGUAGAAGAGCACUGUGAUAGCGUUGUUAAAUCGGCAAUGGAAGACAAUGUCGAAAAGAUAUCAACUGUAAAGCAUGACGAAAUCAUUAAUACAAAUGCUAAUUCGGAUGCAAAAACAGAUCAAUUAGAUAGUUCAGAUAGUGAAAUUGAACAAAUUGAUAAUAAUAGUUCAGCCGAACAAAAUUUAACGGAAAAUGGCUCCAACGAUUGUGAUAGUAGUGAUAUUUUAGAAAAAAACAAAGUUGAAUUGGAUGAAAACAGUGCAAUAAGUGCUAAUUACGCUUGCGAAAUGGAUAAAAUAGAUGAAAAAAGUUUGACGGACAAAUGCGAUACAAACGUGGAGCCAAGCAAUGUAAAAAGUCCUGUAGCAAGCAAACAAAUUGAAACUGAAAGAAUUCAAAUCAAUGUACAAAAUGAUGAGUUAUCCUCAGCUGAAGAAUGCACUGAAGAAAAUGACAAACAAGUUAAAAUGGACAUUGACCCAGAAACAGUGGCUACUAAAGAGAACAAUGAACAAACACUCAAUAGCGAGCAACCCAAGUAUACUUAUGAUUUAAACGAAUGUGUUUCAUCGCCUGAAAUUGCUCCAAUCGGUUUCAAAGAUAAAUUUAAGAAAUCUUUUGAGAUUAUGGAAAAAUCAAAACAAGAAUCACAUUUAGUCGAUAAAAUUGUCGAAAAAAUAAAUGACCAAUCAAAUACAAAUGUUUAUAAUGACAUCGAAUCAUCGAAUAAAGUGAAUGAAGUUGAAAAUGAUAAAAAUACCACGUCAACAUCAAUCCCAUCCUAUCAAAAUAAAAACGAUCAAACAAUGGCCGCAUCUAAUGAUGUAUGCAACUUGACAACGGAAUCCAAAAUGAAUUGUAAUUCAACCAAUGAGAAAACGAUAAGCCCGGAAAAUGCAAUUAUAAUACCAAGUAAAUCCAUUAUACAUUCCCAUUCCACUCUUAAUCAUCCAAAAGAGCAAACACGUACUGAUCACCAAGUUUGUGAUAUCAAAGCUCCGGCACCAAUUGAAACGCGAACCAUUAUCAUAUCGCCACAAAACAAAAACCGAUCCGAUUCCCAUCAGAAUGAAAACAAUGAACCGAAGACAAUUUUUGCGCCGGACUCAUUAUCGUCAAAAUCAUCAGGCAGCUUAUAUUGCAACAAUCCAGAUUUUUCAAAAUCACUUCGUCCAUCAUUGCAUGAUUUGAGCGGAUUGAAAAUGAAAACGCCCGACUUCAGUAAAAUUGCACGAUCAUCGGAGCUACAUGUGCCUAAUCCAGAUUUCACGAGAGCAUACGAUAAACUUGAUACUCAACGUCAAUCGCCGCAUCAGCCCGAUGUGAAUCCAAGCAAUUUUGCUGAAAUUAGUAAAAAGUACAAUUACAUUAGUGACCUGCAAUUAAAAAAUCCACAACCAACAACAUCGAAACCAACCAAUGAGCCAACACAAUCACAACCAACGUGUUCAUCGUUAUACGUUCGGACGCCCGAUUUCACAACUAAAUUACGAACAAAUCAAACGGACAAUGAAUCGGAAGCAUUAGAAGAACCAACACCGCAUAUUAUAAAUAAAAAUAUGUAUCGACCACAUGCGGAUAGUUCAAGUAAAUCAAGUGCUUCGGCUCGUUCAACACCAACUAAUUCGCAAGUUUCAGAUUUUUCGCAAGUUUCCGAAGAUAUAACAAUGUCUUUAGUGCAACACGCUACUCAAACGAAAGUGUUACAAUCAAAAGCAUCUGCCCCACCAAAACCGCCUACACCAGUGCAUCGAAUGGAUUCGCGAACUGUAUUAAAUGCAUCAUCGCAACAGCCGCCGUUGUCAAUGCCACUGCCAUCACCGCACAUAUACUCGCCGAAAUCACUUGAAAGACCAAAUUCACAAAACUACUAUCCACAUGGUGUUCAUCAAACGGAAAAAAGUCUAACAAAUUUACAAAAGCUCUACAAUGAUGAUUUAUAUCAACGAAAUAUGGCCGCAUCACCAGCUCACCACCAAUAUUCAACACCUGCAGCACAUGUAUUCCAUCACAGAGAUAUGCAAAUGGCAAUAGCACCAAGUCAAAAAAUGCAACACGCCUACGAACAAUAUCAUCAAAAUGAAAAAGUGACGAUGCCGAAGAGUGCUCAACCGACAUUAGACACAAAUGUGAUGCGUUCAUCGAACGAUGCUGCAUUAUAUGCGAGACCAGCGUCAACGAAUAUGCUUUAUCAUGAACAAAAUCGUUUAAAACCAAUUCAUUCAGCAUCUGAAAUGCAUCCAUCCAGUAGUAGUCAUAUAAAUACCUUUAAUUAUUCAACUGGAAGGCCCGCAUCAGCAUUAGCAUCAACAUCAGCAUCGGCAACUAUGCACGGCAUGAACAAGCCGCCAACUGAUUUUUAUAAUCAAAUGAAUCCGCCGCACAAAUGGGCCGGCCAAACUCGAAUCACACAAAGUCCAAUUUCAUCGGCUCCAUCGCCACACAGCAUAAGCCACCAAAAUGCACGCAUCUCACAAAGUCAAAGUCCAAUUAGUGCAAGCCCAUUGCCAUAUCAAAUGCAACGACAGAGUCCUAGCAAUCCACAAUAUCAAUCACCACACACUACACCGUCACCAUCUCCAUUUGGCUACUCUCCCAGUCCACUACAUGUUAAAUCGAACAAAAUUCCAACAAAUGCACCACCAAACAACAUUCCGCCACAAAAGAAACAUAAUGACUAUGCUCUUCCUAUUGCGAAUGCAGCUGAUAAAAAGCAAAUAUCAAAUAUGUUGACCGAUUCAAAAGUGAAAGACAGUGGUCGAUCACAUGAUUCACGUGAACAAUACCAACAACAAAUGCCAACUCAUCAUCGACCCUCUGCAUCCAGUCGAAAUUCCACAAAGAUAGAAACAAAGUACACAGAUCGUCAUGAUUAUAAACGUCCGAAUACAAUUCUUGAUCCGUAUGUUUUUCGUCAAGCAUCUGACACUGAUGUUAACUAUCAAAUCAUCAAGAAAACGCUGAACAAGGAAAUACCAACGCCUUCAUUCAAUCGUAAAAAUGCUGAUUUGAAUGCAGGCCUAUCAUUGUCAUCACGCAUCAAUACACAUGCACAUCUACCGCAAAAUACAAGCGAAAUGAAUGUUGUGCGAAAAGACAAACCGACGACCGAAGCAAGAUUAGUGUAUUUGGAUUCAAAACAACCGCAUGAAAUCUACCAGGAAAAAUUGGCAAAACAAAAUGAAUUGAAUAAAUUGCAAUAUCCAUCACAUACUUCAUUCCAUUCGGGUCAACCGAUGGAAAAUCAUGUUAACUAUGAGACAAAAACAACAGCACCAACACAUUCAACAUCGAUGACUAAUCAUCAAUAUGCGGUACCAACAAAUCAUCGACAGUCAAAAUUAUUAAAUCAUGGUUCAACACCUGAACCAAAUCACGUGCCUUACGAAACACCUGUACGUCCAAAAUUGGAAACAAGAAAGGAGAAAUCAACGCCUGCUGCUAUACAGCAGCAGCAGCAGCAGCAGCAGCAGCAGCAACAGCCCACCAAUCUUUCAGUGAACGAUGUGUCUAGUUCGAAAUCUUCAUCGGCAACAUUGUUCGGUCCGAAACGUGAAUCGCCACUCGAUUUAUCGGUAAAAACAGUUAAAACAAAAGCUGACUCGACCGGUGUUUACGAUUACAGUCUUCCGUUGAGACGGCCGGAUACCAUUCCACCAUCGCUAAAAGUCGAUUUUUCACCAAACUUCUCCAAUUCAUCACCCGAUCCAAAUGUGGCACGUGCAAAUAGCGCUAACUAUCGGCCACAAAAUCGAUCGGAAACUCUUCCGCCGGUUCCAAAUCAAAUGGUGAAUAUGAUCAAUCAUGUAAACCAUACACAAAUUAGUUCACAACUUCCAAUUUCACAAGCAAACUAUACACAAAUGGAACUUCACCAGAGGCAUCAAUCUCAAUUCAAUAUGAAUAUUGAUCCAGCUGUACGAUAUAAAGCUCCGAAUAUGGAUAAUUGUUUACCGUAUCCACCGACAAAAUCCAGUUCACGUGUUGCACCGACACCAACAUUGCCACCAACAUCCAUUGAACAAAAGGCACGUAAAGACACAAAAAUGCCGACAAUUUUCGGCCAAAAACCUGAAGAAUUGAAAAAUUUCACUCCGGAUAAUCGGGCAUUCCAAAUUGAUGCAGGCAAUAAACAUAAUUUGGAAGGCACAAGCUCAGCAACAUAUAAUAAAACUGGUGGUAAAAUGGUUAACCCACCAUCAUCAAAAUACAAUUCCAAAGAAAAAGAAUUAGCAUAUCGUGCUAGUGGCUAUCCAAAUAUUCAAUCAAAUCUUGUCAAUCGACACGGUGAAUUUCCAAUUCAAAAUGAAAGACAAUCGGAAGUAAUCCAAUUUGUAUCGCAUCCACGUUCACAAUCGCUGAAUCGGCAAUCAGAAACAACAACGAUUGCAACAACAACGACCACAACAACAACAGCAACAACUGAACAACAUAAACAAUUACCCUAUCCACCGUAUAAUCAUUUUGAAGCAACACAGCGAAAUCAAUCACAGCCGCCUGUAUACAAUCAGUCCCAUCCAACGACUGAAUACCCGAUGCCGAGCAAAAUGCACGACGAAAGAUACAAAAUGGGCCAUCCGUUUAUGGAAAGAGGUGAUGCUCACUAUGUGUCGGCCGCAAAUGUGCCACAAAAACGACCGCCGGAAAAUGGAUUAAUCGAUCAAGUUCCUGUGAAACAGCCACGAUACGAUCACAUUGACGAUGUCAAAUAUCAACAAUGCGUUAAUAAUUAUCCAUAUUAUUCACAUCAAGAUCGAAAUAUGCCAAUAUAUGCACCGCAAUACGCACCAAACACAAAAGUAAGCGAAAAAUCAAUAAGUACACCGGUUAUUGUACAACCACAACAUGCAAUCGCCAAUGAAGCCAAAUAUCAUUAUCCACCAUAUUCAAAUAUGAAUAAUGAAAAUAAACGUGUAAUGUCGAUGCGUCCAAAUGAAAACUAUGAACAAUCCGGUUCCAAAGUGAAUACACAAUCAUUCCGACCGUCACAAUAUUAUCCGUCAAAUCAUUAUGUACCGAUUGAAAAAGCGCCAUCCUAUGAAGAUGUGGCCAAAACAAAGGCACCAAUCAAUACGAUAAAUACAACUGCUCCACAUUUAUCGCACAACAAUGUUUAUCCACAACCGCCAUAUCGACUAAACGAAUGGCCACCAAAAAUCGGAACCAAUGAGCAUCCCAUUGGAUACGGACAACGUCCAUCUACCUAUGAACAGAAUCAACCGCAACCAAAUCGAUUUGAGUCGUCUGUCAUCAAAUCACCCGAAUUUACAAAACUCGAGACCGUAGCCGUAGAAACGUUCCGAACUACAAACAGAAGCAGCAGUAGCAAUAGCACCAGUACUAGCACAAAUGUUGUCAUCGCUCCCACGACCUCAACCACUAACACCAACAAUAAUACUAAUGUACCAAAAGCAGUUGAUCAAAGUGUGAUUUCAAAACUUCGAAACAAUUUAGAACUGAAGGAAAUCGAAAAGCAAAAAUUGUUAAAAGCACAAGCCACCAGUGAUAAUAAAGUUAGCGAAGACAUCAAUAAAUCCGAUCUGGCCUCUAUAUUAGCAGCACGAAUUCGCACCAAAGGUGAACUGAAAGGAUUUACACCAAUACCAAUUAGUGGCGCUGAACAUCCGACAAAAGAGAGCCUGUCUGUGAAAAAUACCGUUGAACCAUUAAUUGAAAACGAGAAAAUCAUAUCAAAAGCUGAUAUUAAAUUCAGUGAUAGUUUGACUGGAUUAGACUUGAUGGACUGGGGCAGUACUUGCAAUGAUUUCUUAGAGCAACUACAAAGCAAUGGUAACAAACAACGAUCGAAAGCUCAGCGACGUUUUAGAUCGGACGAUGGCAUUUCAGAUAAAAAAUCAGCGGAUAGUUCAGCGAAUUCAGUGAAAUCCGGUGAUAAUUCAAAUGGUGAAAAAGAUAAAGUCAUCGAACGACCAAAUCUCAGUCAAUCAAAUUCACAGAACAACGAUGAAACUUCAAGCGAUGAGGAUAAGCCAUUGCUAUUGUUGCGUCAACAGAGUUUGUGUGAAAGUUCGAAAAUUCGUAAAAAUGUAUCGGGCAGCGAUCGUGAAAAGGUGUCGCCAAAUCGCAAGAAGAGCACAUUGGAAAAACUGUCACCGAACAAACGAAAUGAAAAUAAAAAGCGUUUGGCUAUCGAUAGCAGUUCGGAAAGCGAAGAAGAAAUUGAUCGAUAUACGAAGCGAUCAAAAAAAAUGAUACGAAAACCAAGAACACGAUCUAGUAUCAGUAAUAAAGGUGGUGGCGGAGAUGAUGAUGAUGAUUCAGACACAACAAGCAUUUGUACACCAAAUAAAAAUACAAAAUCACCGAAGAAACGAAAUCGAAAAGAAAAAUCAUCAUCUGAAUCGGACAUUGAUGCGAAUCGCAAUUCAAAAAAGAGAAAAUCACUGGAACUAAACAGUGAUUCGGGCGAAAGUGAUGAUAAUAACAACGAUGAUGAUGAUGAUGAUGAUGAUGAUGAUGUUGACAAUGACGAGGAUGAAGAUAGCACAAUCCUAUCGACUCCGAAACAUAAACGACCACAACCAAUGGUAGUAGAAGAAACAAUGACAAGAUCGAAGCGAAAACGCGAAUUAGAAAUGGAAAUAGCAAAUAGCAAAGUAUUGCGCAAUGAUAAAUUAGUCAAAUGUAACAUGAUUACGAUUGAAAAACGUGACAACAAAUCGUCGCAAGAGAAAAAACAAAAUUCAAAAUGUCCGGAGGAAAAAGGCAAUGGAAAAGGUGGCGAUAAAACGCCACGCUCAAAAUUGUCUGAUCAGAAGAAAAAAGCAAAUGACAGCGAUGCGGAUGUAACACCGAAAAAAUCGCAUUUAUUGAAAAAGAAUCUGCGCAACAAUAGACAACAGCAAUCAUCGUCGAGCGAAAGUGAAUCAUCGUCAUCGGAAAACGAAUCGAGUAUAACUGAACGUUUGCGUUCGCGAAAAUCAAAAAUCAAUAAUCAUGCAUCCGAUUCGGAUGCAAAUAAAGAGUCUCAAAGCGAUAAAAACAAACCAUGCUGUAGCAAUUCAGUUGGUGAAUCGGCCGAUGAAAAACAAUCGAAUAAAAAAUCGACCAAAAAUACACCGAAGAAAACCAAUACCGAUUUGGAUGUGAGCGAAGAUAGUCGAUCACAAUUUCCGCCCGGUUGGGAAGAGCAAGCAUAUGAAUACAAACGAUCUCUCAAAAUUCCCGCCCGAUUGAUUACAAUUGGACGCCCAUCAUGGCAUCAGCAUCGCAAGUCCACAUCGCUACCAGACUUGGAUCCGCAGCAUUCAAGUGAUGCUUCUGAAACAUUUGCCGAAAUGAAUAAAAAAUCAACCGCAGCAUCGUCGGCUAAGAGGAAUAAAUCAGGCAAUAAAAAGACUGGCGACAAUUUAAAUUCGACGCAUCAUGACAGCGACAAUGUAGCAACAAAAUCAAAAUCAAUAAUUGAUCUGUUACAUCAACGAGUUAUUCGGCCAACUAUUAAAAGUAAAAAAGCUCGAAAUUUAUUAGGACAAAAUGAGCCAAAAAUAUUGCCACAAUCAAAUGAGGUUGAAUUAUUACCAACGCCUGUCCUUGAAGGCAAACCCGAAAAUGCUUUCAAAAGUGAAAAUGUAUUUGAGACGGCCGUCUUGAAAUCACGCACCCGAAAAGAAUAUAAAGCAAUGAAAACACAAGAGAUAAUACGUGAAGUAUUUGGUGGUGAAGAUCGGCCCGCAUCGGCACCUCCAUAUAAUUAUGAGAUUGUACAACAGAAGAUGCAACAACAACAGCAGCAACAGCAAGAACAGCAGCAGCAGCAGCAAAUGCAACAACCGUCUAGCGAACAGCAUCAAGAAGAAACACAAGAAAAGAAACCGUUAACCUUUGAUCAACAAUAUCAGCAAUAUUUGGAAAAGUUGAAUGUCGAUUAUGGUGAGAAAAUACGAAAAGUGAAGAACAAUGUAGUGGUGGCAAAGGGCAAUGCCAAUGAUUCGGAUCAAUUAAUAUUGAAAACGGAAAAAGGGGAUGAGGAUAGUCUACUCAAUCAGGACGAUGAGAGUCAUGACACCGAACUCAACGAAUGUGACCGUACAAUUGAUGACAGCAAAGAAGGACCUUGCGAUUCACUUGAGCGCGGCGAUACACCAAGUAUUAUGUCCGAAGUUGAACGGGCAACGCCAACAUCAUUUGCCGGUGUUCUUAAAACAAAAAAGGGGCGCGGCAAUCGAUAUGGACGACGCAAAGGUAGCUCAGGUUUUGACUACAUUCGAAAGAAAAAGAAACCAUUGUCACAGCAGAAUAAUGCAAAAGACACACCGGUUUUGGUGAAGCGUCGUUCGGCUGCCGUAAACUUUUUGGAAAUCAAAAAUGAGAACGACAUAAUGCGUGAAAUUCGCAGUUGGGUGCUGAACAAAGGUGUUGGUGAAAGUGUACUGCAUAAAGCAGCACGUCUUGGUUAUAUUGAUGUAGUUGUUUACUGUUUAGAACGAUUGGAAAUGACUCCCGAUCAAAAAGAUAAUGCCGGAUAUACGCCAUUGCAUGAGGCAUGCUCACGUGGUCUCACCGAUAUUGCAAGGGUUCUAUUGCAAUAUGGUGCAAAUCAUUCGGAAACGGCUCAUUCAGGCAUUCGUCCACUUCAUGAGGCCGUUGAUAAUGGCUAUUUGGAAAUUGUUCGAUUGCUACUUUCGUAUGGUGCCGACCCUCUUUUGGCUACCUAUGCAGGUCAAACACCGAUUAUGUUAGCUGAAGAUGAUGACGAAAUGGUAUCAUUUCUCAAAAACUAUUUAAUUGAUGUUCAAAACACCGGACCAAAUAAAAUGCCAUGGAAAUUUGAUGGACCAUGGAAAAUAAAUGAUCCAGAUAAUGUCGGCUAUAAUGUAUUUGAUGAUUUACCUUCUGAAGAAAAUGAACCAGUGUCGAAACCAACAAAAAAUCCACAAGAAGAUAGCGCUGCAACAACGCCAGAGAAAUCUGUGAAACCGGCUAAACGAAAAUCACCUUUACGACGAAAAUCAAAACAAAAAGACACAGUCGACUCAAAAGAUGUGGCCGAUGAAUCGGCUGGCGUUCACACAGCCGACAGUGAAGCAGAAUUGUUUGAAAUCGAAGAAUCAGAUGCACCACUCAUUCCAUUGUACCAACUGCGAGACGAAGGCCUCACCAAAUGGGUUCUUUUGAGUGAUCUAUGUUAUUUGCUGAAAGUUAAAUCAAAAGACACUUUGCUCAAACUGUUGUAUCCGGGUUCAAGUCCAACGACAAGUGCCAAUCAGAAAGAUCUAUUGCGUGAAUUGAAGAUGUCUGAGUUUCUCGAAAAGGCUGUGUGCCUGCAAUUAUUGUGCGCUGGGGAAAAGCUGAACAUACGAUCAUCGAAGGUGACAUUAGUGAAAUACAACGAAACAGUAAGGAAUGCUCUUGGUGUCAAAACCAUAAAAAUGCGACUAUAAUUCGGUGGAAGAGAUGUAGUGACGAGACUAAAAAUAAAACCCAACAAUCGAUUGUGGAAUUCGAAAAUUUACCGAUCCAAAUGCGAGUUUAUUCAAAUGUCAAAACAAAAGAAUACUCAUGAUUUUAUGUGUUGUCUCAUCAUAAAAUAAUUUUCUUUUUCUUCUUUUAUUGUGAAAUAAUACGGUCUAUUGUUCAUUGAAACAAUGGCAAAAGAUUGUCUAAAUCAAUUCCAUCCUAUGUCACACAUAAUUAAACAAUUUAAUAAUGCAAACGACAACAAUUUAUUAGCAAUGAAAUAAGGAUCUAAAUGAAAUUAUAUUUUUCGAGUUUUAAGUUAAUAAUUCUUCUAUUUUUUAGGUAUGAUAAUCGAAUAGAGAAUGAAAAUAAUAUAUAUACGAAGUUUCAUUGAAGUUUAUUCUGAAUAUCGUCAUCAUUGCUCACUGAACCAAAUACAAAAUUCGAUUGAUGAGACAGAUCGGAAAUGUAAAACUUCAUUUCCGUAGCUAAGAUUUUUAAUUAUAUAUAUUUAGAGCAUAAGGGACAUACAAACACAAAUGGUUUUUUUUUACUAAGAUUCUGAAGGUUUUGCAAUAAAUUUUAUUCCAUAUUCAUCGAAGACAGAUUCUUUUGAGAUCAAUGCGAUGCAAAAAAAAAAACAACAACAAAUAAAAUGAGGUUCAGUGUGCAACAAUGUUUUGGAUGUAGGAAAAUUGUAUUAAGGUUAGAAAUGGUAAAAAAAGGUAAAUAAAUAAAUAUCUUUUUAACUCAACACAAAUCGAUCAGAAACAAGCAGUUAAGAUUUUUUUAUACAUUACUUUUUUUUCGUUUUGUUUUUGUAAAAAGUUAUUAAUUCUUAAGUUAAUGGUAAUAAUCUUUUUAAAUUGUAAAAUCGUUAAUUAAUUUUAAUUUAGAGAAUUUUUUUUUUUCAUUCAAUUAACAAAUUAUUUUGUCUAUUUUGAAUAUGACACAAAUGAGUGUGAACAAGACAUUAGCAACGAAUGAUUAAAAAAAAAAUAAACAAACAAUUAAAUUGAAUGAAGAAAGAAGACUUAUGGUUAGAGCCGAAAUAAUAAGAUGAACUAGGAGAAAUGGGAAUGUGCUUUAAAUCAAUUUGUAAAUGUAUUAAAAAAAAAUUCUGCAUAUUUAAUAUGUAUUUUCAAUUUAGCUCUUUUAUUAGUUAGAAAAUUUUGCUAUCACAUCCCUCAACUCAAACUAAUUAACUUUUGUAUUUUAUGUGUAAUUCUUCUAUAAUUUAAAAACAAAACGAUUUUUUUUCUCUGUUUAUCUCUGUUGAUAAUAUCCGGCAAUUUAGUUGAUAAUUUGUUCGCUUAUGUAUUUUUUUUUUGUUUG